ACGUUGCUUAUGCCAUCAAUGCGGAUUGAAUAUGCACAGCUGUGAAAACUCUGCAAAGCCAAAGGGCGACAAGGAGAACAUGUGCUGACCAGCAGCUGGCAGGCAGAAGCAGCCAGGUGAAGAUGGAGAACAGCACAAGCGAGGGGCAGAACAGCACAGAAUUCCUGCCAGACCGGGAGGCGGUUGCCAUUGAAUACCAAGUGGUCACCAUCUUUUUGGUUCUCCUCAUCUGUGGGUUAGGCAUCGUGGGCAACAUCAUGGUGGUGCUGGUGGUCCUCAGGACGAAGCACAUGAGGACCCCUACAAAUUGUUACCUGGUGAGCCUGGCGGUCGCCGACCUCAUGGUGCUCGUGGCUGCUGGACUCCCCAACAUCACAGACAGCGUCUACGGAUCCUGGGUGUAUGGCUACAUUGGAUGCCUCUGCAUUACUUACCUCCAAUAUCUCGGCAUCAAUGCUUCUUCUUGCUCGAUCACCGCCUUCACCAUCGAGAGGUACAUAGCCAUCUGCCACCCCAUCAAGGCGCAGUUCUUAUGCACUUUCUCCAGAGCCAAGAAGAUCAUUAUUUUUGUCUGGGCGUUCACCUCCAUCUACUGCAUGCUCUGGUUUUUCUUGUUAGAUCUCAAGAAGGACACCUACAAAGAUACCACUGUAGUGUCCUGUGGGUAUAAAGUGCCCAGGAGCUACUAUUCGCCAAUCUAUAUGAUGGACUUUGGGAUAUUUUAUGUCGUGCCCAUGAUAUUAGCUACUGUCCUCUAUGGGUUGAUUGCCAGGAUAUUAUUCCUGAAUCCCAUCUCAUCAGACCCAAAAGAAAACUCCAAGAUGUGGAAGAAGAAUUUGGAUCCCUUAAGCAAGGCCAACACAACCAACAAGGGUAUCAAUAGUGCAGUGGCUUCAAGAAGGCAGGUUACCAAGAUGCUGGCUGUGGUUGUAGUCCUGUUCGCGUUGUUGUGGAUGCCUUACAGGACCCUGGUGGUCAUCAACUCGUUCCUGUCUGACCCUUUCGAAGAAAAUUGGUUCCUGCUCUUCUGCAGGAUCUGCAUUUACCUAAAUAGUGCCAUCAACCCUGUGAUCUACAACCUCAUGUCCCAGAAAUUCAGAGCAGCCUUCAGAAAACUCUGCAAAUGCCAGCAGAAACCAUCGGAGAAGCCCGCCAACUACAGCGUAGCCCUCAAUUACAGUGUCAUCAAGGAGUCUGACCAUUUCAACACCGAGCUAGAGGAUGUCACCAUCACUGAGGCUUACUUGUCAUCCACAAAGGUGUCUUUCGAUGACACCUGCAUGUCCUCUGAGGUAAAGAACCAGAACAAAAGUUUCUAUCUGUGUAUUUCAUCCUAG